UUUUUCAAUAGGUAAACGUUUCUGUGAGGGAAAUUUUUUUUGUGGGGAAAGGGGGGAAGGAAAGUACAGGGAGCUAAACAGAAAAUGUUGAGUUUGCUAAAAAUGUGGCAUAUUCUACCAGAUGUCUGCUUUCAAAACACAGUGUAAAAUUUCUUGCAAUUGUUAAUGUUGAAGUUAUAUGGUUAAUAAUAAGGAAGAUGCUUUUCGUUAGAAUUUAAUGCGCUCAAGAUCCCAUAAAUAGAAGAGAUCGAUUGCCUAGUCCUGUUUAGGUGUGUGGAGCUUCAAACUGAAGUCCUGAAGGCUGGAACUAUACUAUCUAUGAACAGGAAAACAUAAAGAUUUUGGUCACUUUCCAUCCCAUCGUAAUUCUCAGCACAUUUGCUUGAGUGAAAAUUUACGGUAUAGCUGAUUAAGGUAGCACAUUAUUAUGUAGUUCAGACAUAAUUUACUGAGCUAAACUGGCCUGUGUAAGUGACAUGGCCGGUUCUGAUCCUGAGUAACUCUUCAUCUUAUAAGAGGGUUAUCCUGCAAGGUUAAAACAGAAUAGACCGUUUGGUUUUGAAUGUUGGGGCUUUAAUUUAAUAGUUUGAAGGGUAGUUGUUUUCUCUGAUGAUCUUCCAACCACCAGUCAAACAUUACUCAACUUCAAAGCCCUUUACAAAAAUGUCAUCCAACUUUCCCCUCAAAAUCCCACUUUUUCUCUACAAUAACCACACUCACUACAAGUUGUGCUCUUGCUCCAAGUUCAAAUUAUACGAGUUUCUUAAGUGCUUACGCAAGUAAGUUUAAAUAUUCAUUUUGAUUAUCUCAAAUUAUCAUUAAAUCUUCAGGUUAAGGGUCAUAAUCAUAUUUUAAUUGUGCAUGUGUAUGUGUUUGUUAUGAAUUAAGUUAUGUAGCCCUUUGAAAUUUCCCUUCUCCUUCCCGCCUUUUGUGUUUCUUGGCUUAACAUACUGGUUGCUUCUUACUUUUAAUUGUGUUUAUGAUUGUGAAUUCAACCAUUUGGAAUCAAUGCAUGCUUGUAUUUGAGUUGGUUAUGUGAUGUUCCUAAAGAGAUGACAUUUUGAUGAGUGAAUUUCAGAACAUGGAGGUAGCUUAUAUGGCUCGAUCACUUCAACCAUCUGAUACCACUAUCAGUGUUUUGGACCAUUAUUAUGGUUGGCAAAGUGGUGAAUUUUUUUAAUUUAAGUACAUCAGCACUUUGGUGAUUGUAACUAAAAACUAAGUUGAGUUUGAAUUUUAGAUCAUAUUAGUCAGCAUAUACAAUUUUCUGGUUGUAAUUAUGAUUUGCUUUAUCCAUCAUUAGUAUAUGCAACCUCUUCAUGAUGGCAUUCAUUUCUUGUAUCUAAUUAAGGAUGAGGUAAAUAGAAGAUAAUUCUAAAUGCAUAUUCAAAAGCUUGUAUAGGGACACUUGCAUCUGCUUAGUUACAGUGGAGCCUGGCAGCCUGCACUUAUAAUUUGCCGAGUGAUUGGUUUAUCAGGUCCGCAGGCUGUAACUUGAGUCAUGGCAGAAGGUCUGAAGGAGCCACUUUUAAAUCCUCAGGAAUUUAUGAGAGAUGGGAUUGAUUUGGAACGUUUACCUAUGGAAGAAGUUUUUGAGCUAUUGAAAUCCUCACAAAACGGCCUUUCAACUCAGGAUGCUGAAGUCCGCUUGAAGAUUUUUGGACCCAAUAGACUUGAAGAAAAGCCGGAGAACAAAGUAUUGAAAUUUCUUAGUUUCAUGUGGAAUCCUUUGUCAUGGGUUAUGGAAGCUGCUGCUGUGAUGGCACUUGUCCUUGCCAAUGGAGGACACCAAGGACCAGACUGGCAGGACUUUGUAGGCAUCAUGUGCUUGCUGCUCUUAAACUCAACAAUUAGCUUUUUGGAGGAAAAUAAUGCAGGGAAUGCUGCUGCAGCACUUAUGGCACACUUAACUCUGAAGACAAAGGUCCUUAGAGAUGGACAAUGGCAAGAGCAAGAUGCAACUGUUCUAGUUCCUGGAGAUAUUAUUAGCAUAAAGCUUGGUGACAUCAUUCCUGCAGAUGCUCGUUUACUAGCAGGAGACCCUCUAAAAAUCGACCAGUCUGCUCUUACUGGGGAAUCUUUGCCUGUCACGAAGAGAAGUGGCGACGAAGUGUUUUCAGGAUCUACAUGCAAGCAUGGAGAAAUAGAAUCUGUAGUAAUAGCAACUGGGGUGCAUUCUUUCCUUGGAAAGGCGGCAUACUUGGUGGAUAGCACUGAAGUUGUUGGACAUUUCCAGCAGGUCCUUACUGCCAUUGGGAAUUUUUGCAUUUGCUCCAUAGCAGUAGGAAUGAUUAUUGAGAUCAUUGUUAUGUUCCCUAUUCAACACUGUGCUUACAGGAGUGGGAUAAACAACCUUCUUGUUCUAUUGAUUGGUGGAAUACCCAUAGCUAUGCCAACGGUUCUGUCUGUGACACUUGCAAUCGGUUCCCAUCGUCUAUCUCAACAGGGUGCCAUUACAAAAAGGAUGACAUCAAUCGAAGAAAUGGCUGGGAUGGAUGUUCUAUGCAGUGAUAAAACAGGGACUUUAACUCUGAACCGUCUCACAGUUGAUCGUAGCCUCAUUGAGGUUUUUAACAAAGACAUGGAGAAAGACACGGUUAUCUUAUUUGCAGCAAGAGCAUCAAGGCUAGAAAAUCAAGAUGCCAUUGAUGCUGCCAUUGUUAAUAUGCUUAGUGAUCCAAGGGAGGCACGCGCAAAUAUCCAAGAAAUUCACUUCCUGCCUUUUAAUCCUGUUGACAAGCGUACAGCUAUAACUUACAUAGAUAGUGAUGGUAAAUGGUACAGAACCAGCAAAGGAGCCCCUGAACAGAUUCUAGCUCUCUGCCAAGAGAAAAAUGAGAUUGCUGGAAAAGUGCUAGAAAUGAUUGACAGAUUUGCUGAAAAGGGAUUGAGGUCUCUUGCAGUUGCCUUGCAGGAAAUUCCAGAGAAAACAAAGUCAAGUCCAGGAGGCCCUUGGAUGUUUUGUGGACUGCUACCUCUUUUUGAUCCCCCAAGGCAUGAUAGCGCUGAGACCAUUCGAAGAGCUCUUAAUCUUGGAGUUUGUGUCAAGAUGAUUACAGGUGAUCAACUGGCAAUUGCAAAGGAGACUGGUCGACGCCUUGGUAUGGGAACUAAUAUGUAUCCAUCAUCAUCACUGUUGGGACAUGACAAGGAAGAAACUGUAGCCCUUCCGAUAGAAGAGCUCGUUGAAAUGGCUGAUGGCUUUGCCGGUGUUUUCCCAGAACACAAGUAUGAAAUAGUGAAAAUUUUGAAAGAAAAGCGACAUGUUGUGGGAAUGACCGGGGAUGGUGUGAAUGAUGCACCAGCCUUAAAGAAGGCAGAUAUUGGAAUAGCAGUGGCAGAUGCUACAGAUGCUGCAAGGAGUGCAGCUGAUAUUGUACUAACAGAACCUGGCUUAAGUGUGAUUAUCAGUGCUGUCCUGACUAGCCGGGCCAUAUUCCAGAGGAUGAAAAACUACACAAUAUACGCGGUCUCCAUAACCAUCCGCAUUGUGCUUGGUUUCAUGCUUUUGGCCUUAAUCUGGGAGUAUGACUUCCCUCCGUUCAUGGUUCUGAUCAUAGCAAUAUUAAAUGAUGGAACCAUCAUGACCAUUUCCAAAGAUCGUGUCAGACCAUCUCCUAGUCCUGACAGCUGGAAACUUUUUGAGAUUUUUGCAAUUGGCACUGUCAUAGGGACAUAUCUUGCCUUAGUCACUGUAUUAUUUUACUGGGUUAUAAAAUGCACAGAUUUCUUUGAGAAGCAUUUUGGUGUGAGUUCUCUAUCCGGAAACUCUGAGAAAAUUUCAUCUGCUAUAUAUCUGCAAGUAAGCGUUAUCAGUCAGGCCCUCAUCUUUGUUACUCGCAGCCAGAGCUGGUCAUUUCUGGAGAGACCAGGAGUGCUUCUCAUGUCUGCAUUCGUCGUAGCCCAACUGGUUGCCUCAUUGAUAACAGUUUAUGCAAACAUUGGUUUUGCUUCAAUCAGUGGGAUUGGAUGGGGUUGGGUUGGUGUCAUAUGGCUAUACAGUCUGGUUUUCUAUUUCCCUCUUGAUAUUAUCAAGUUCAUAGUCCGUUACGCUCUAAGCGGAGAAGCUUGGAAUCUUUUAUUUGACAAGAAGACUGCAUUUAGUUCUAAGAAAGACUACGGAAAGGAAGAGUGGGAAUUCGAGGGUGAGGAGCAACCUGUAACUCGAAGACGGAGUUGUAGUCUGAUUGCUGAACAGGCCAAAAGGCGUGCAGAAAUAGCCAGGUUACAGGAGUUUCACACAUCAAAAGGACAUGUGAAAUCGCUUAUGCGUUUAAAGAACUUGGAUCUUAAUUCAUUCUCAUCUGCACAUACAAUCUGAUAUGCCAUGCAAUACGAAUUUUGGGUGAACAAUUCUGCUUGCAUUCGCUUACAUGAAGAUCAGGAAUGCUUUCAAGAGUAGUGUUUGAAAGUACCUACAUUUUUUAAUUCAGAAAUUAAUAGUUCAUGCUCCAGAAAGCUUCUCUGAAUAACAUAGAUUCCAGUUUAUAGAACAUUAUCUGUUGUAGUUGUUUAAAUAUGACUCGUUCUUAUGGCUUAUAGACCCGAGAAAGUUGUUAUGUAAUUGCCUUACAAGUUAUUAUGGUAUUUAUCAGUUAUAUGGAGUAGUAUGCAGUAUCUGUUAUAAAACUGUCAUGGUUUGGAAAAGGUAUGAUACACCUUAUAUAAAAACCCAGGAGCUUGAAGAUAACUACCAGCACAAACACAACAAAAACGAACAUGAGUGGUUUAAGGAUUAUCAUCCUCUCAACGCACAAGUUUGAGAGAUUUCAGACUUUCAGUAGAGGCAUAAUGAUGUAAACAGGUAGGUAACAAUGAAAAGGUGGUGUAAAAAUGAAUUGACAAAAUAACAUCAUUUACAGGCAAUCUUUGAAUCUAGCGUUUCUAAACUAGCAGACCAAUAAACUGGAAGACGUGAAAAUCAACAAAUAACCAAAACUUGGCACAUUGGUGACUUGUAGUACCUCAGACCUUCAGCUAAUCAUAAUUUUCCUUCUGCAAGGAGAAGUUUGUUGAUAGUAUAUUAAG